GGCGGCGGGCCGCUGAUGGAGCGCGCCAGCCGCGCCGGGCCGCUCGCGCGGGCUCUGCUGCGGUUGCUGCUGCUGCUGCUGCUGGGGCUCCUGGGGACGAUCGCGGCCGCCAGGCGCGCCUCCGAGCUCCUGCCCCCCCGAGCCGAGGCGGCUUUCGGGCUGGGGGCUGCGGCCGCCCCCACCUCGGCCAAUGCUGCGGCCGUGACGACGGCGGCCGAGGUGACCGUGGAGGACGCCGAGGCCUUGCCGGCUGCACCGGGCGCCGAGCAGGACCCGCAGCCCCAAGACGAGGCCGAGCUGCGGCCACGCGGCAGAUCAUUAGUAAUUAUCAGCACUUUGGAUGGGCGAAUUGCAGCCUUGGAUCCUGAGAACCAUGGUAAAAAGCAGUGGGAUUUGGAUGUGGGAUCUGGCUCCUUGGUUUCAUCCAGCUUAAGCAAACCAGAGGUAUUUGGGAAUAAGAUGAUUAUUCCUUCUCUGGAUGGAGACCUCUUCCAGUGGGACAGAGAUCGGGAGAGCAUGGAAACAGUUCCUUUCACAGUUGAAUCACUUCUUGAAUCAUCCUAUAAAUUUGGAGAUGAUGUCGUUCUGGUUGGUGGAAAAUCUCUCACUACAUAUGGGCUCAGUGCAUACAGUGGAAAGGUUAAGUACAUCUGUUCAUCUUUGGGUUGUCGCCAAUGGGAUGAUGAUGAAAUGGAACAAGAAGACAUCCUGCUUCUGCAACGAACCCAGAAAACUGUUCGAGCUGUUGGACCUCGUAGUGGAAAUGAGAAGUGGAAUUUCAGUGUUGGACACUUUGAACUUCGGUAUAUUCCAGACAUGGAAACUAGAGCCGGAUUUAUUGAAAGCACCUUAAAACCCAGUGGAAACAAAGAAGAGUCUAAAAUUAUUUCUGAUGUGGAAGAACAGGAAGCUGCCCUGAUGGAUACAGUGAUAAAGGUCUCGGUAACAGACUGGAAGGUUUUGGCAUUUAAUAAGAAGGGAGGACAUCUGGAAUGGGAAUACCAGUUUUGUACUCCUAUUGCAUCUGCCUGGUUGGUAAAGGAUGGCAAAGUCAUUCCCAUCAGUCUCUUUGAUGACACAAGCUACACGGCCAAUAAUGAUGUGUUCAAGGAUGAAGAAGACAUUGUGGAAGCUGCCCGAGGGGCUACAGAGAGCAGUGCUUACCUGGGAAUGUACAGAGGCCAGUUGUAUCUGCAAUCAUCAGUAAGAAUUUCAGAAAAGUUUCCUACAGAUCCCAAGGCCUUAGAGUCUGUUAAUAAUGAAAAUGCAAUAAUUUCUUUGCCAAAAAUCAAGUGGAAACCCUUAAUUCAUUCUCCUUCUAGAACGCCUGUCUUGGUAGGAUCUGAUGAAUUUGACAAAUGUCUUAGUAAUGAUAAAUUUUCUCACGAAGAGUACAGUAAUGGUGCUCUUUCAGUCCUGCAAUAUCCAUAUGAUAAUGGCUACUAUCUACCAUAUUAUAAGAGGGAAAGGAGCAAACGAAGCACACAAAUCACUGUUAGGUUUCUCAACAACCCCAGUUACAGCAAGAAUAUCCGCAAAAAGGACCCUGUUCUCCUAUUACACUGGUGGAAAGAAAUAGUUGGAACUAUUCUAUUUUGUAUCAUAGCAACAACUUUCAUUGUGCGCAGACUUUUUCAUCCUCAUCCUCACAGACAAAGAAAGGAGUCUGAAACCCAGUGUCAAACUGAAACUAAGUAUGAUUCUAUCAGUGGAGAUUCCAAUGACAGUAGCCGGAAUGACAUAAAAACUUCUGGAUAUGUAUCACGCUAUUUAACAGAUUUUGAACCAGUCCAGUGUAUGGGUCGUGGUGGAUUUGGAGUUGUCUUUGAAGCUAGAAACAAAGUAGAUGAUUGCAAUUAUGCUAUCAAGAGGAUUCGUCUCCCCAACAGGGAAUUGGCUCGGGAAAAGGUUAUGCGUGAAGUUAAAGCCUUAGCCAAGCUUGAGCAUCCAGGAAUUGUUAGAUAUUUCAAUGCCUGGUUGGAAACACCACCGGAGAAGUGGCAGGAAAAAAUGGAUGAAAUCUGGCUGAAGGAUGAAAGCACAGACUGGCCACUUAGCUCUCCUAGUCCAAUGGAUGCCCCAUCCGUCAAAAUACGCAGAAUGGACCCUUUUUCUACAAAGGAACACAUUGAAAUCAUAGAGCCCUCACCUCGAAGAGGCCGAUCUUUUUCAGUAGGAAUCUCCUGUGGGGAGACGAGUUCCUCAGAGAGCCAAUUCUCACCACUGGAAUUUUCAGAAACAGAUCAGGGAGAUGUCAGCAAAUCAGUGGAUGCAGCCUACAAGCUCCAGGACAGCUGCCUCACAGACUGUGACGGGGGAGAUGGUACCAUGCAUGGCAGCGAUGAGGGCCACUCCUUUGAACUCUGUCCUUCUGAAGAGUCUCCUUACAGACGGUCUGGGGAGAGAACCUCAUCUUCUAUAGUAUUUGAAGAUUCUGGCUGCGAUAAUGCAUCCAGCAAAGAACUCAAAGCAGACCGACUGCAUCUUGGCUGCCAUUGUUCUAAUAAACUCACUGCUUUCAAGCAUUCCAGUAGUCAGUCUUCUUCUGAGCCCACUUUGUCUGUUUCUCCGCCAAGACCAACUACCCUAAGUUUAGAUCUCACUAAAAAUUCGGUGGAAAAACUCCAGCCCAGCUCCCCAAAAGUGUACCUUUACAUUCAGAUGCAGCUGUGUAGGAAAGAAAAUCUCAAAGACUGGAUGAACAGUCGUUGCACCAUCGAGGAGAGAGAAAGGACCAUGUGCCUGCACAUCUUUCUGCAGAUUGCCGAGGCAGUGGAGUUUCUGCACAGCAAAGGGCUCAUGCACAGAGACCUCAAGCCUUCCAACAUUUUCUUUUCAGUGGAUGAUGUGGUCAAGGUGGGAGACUUCGGAUUAGUAACUGCAAUGGACCAGGAUGAGGAAGAACAGAUGGUCCUCACUCCCAUGCCAGCAUACGCCAGGCACACGGGGCAAGUGGGGACGAAACUGUAUAUGAGUCCUGAGCAGAUUCAUGGAAACAGCUACUCUCAUAAAGUGGACAUCUUUUCUUUAGGCCUCAUUCUGUUUGAACUGUUGUAUCCCUUUGGCACCCAGAUGGAGAGAGUCAGGAUCUUAACCGAUGUAAGAAAUCUCAGAUUUCCAACACUUUUUACUCAGAAAUAUCCUCGUGAGCAUGCAAUGGUUCAAGACAUGCUCUCCCCUUCACCCACUGAACGGCCAGAAGCUACAGACAUCAUUGAAAAUGCAGUCUUUGAGGAUUUGGAGUUUCCGGGAAAAACAGUGCUCAGACAAAGAUCUCGCUCCCUAAGCUCUUCAGGAACAAAACAUUCCAGACAGUCCAGCAUCUCCCACAGCCCUUUGCCCAGCAGUUUGUCUUAGGUUGUGCUCAUUGCCCCCCUGGGAACCAGAGAGAGCUC